UCCACAACUGAUGCACAGCAGCCUGUUGCUCCCUCCUUUCUGCUCCCCUCCUUCGGUUUCUUCCCCUACACUGCCUCCAUUCAUCCCCCCCCCCCUUCCUUCCCUCCUCUCUGUCAUUCAGCCUCGCUCUUUUCCUCCGGCAGAUAUUAAGGCAGGGUCCCGCUGGAAGGAGACGGCUUGUGUAAGCUCCACACACGAGCCCGGGGAGAUUUACUGGCCGAGUCGGGAAGACUUUAACAGAGGACUUGAAAGCAACUGGAGGAUAAACUCUAGUGGAGGGGACACGUUGGAGACAGGAAGGACAUCGAGUUUGGAGUUUGGGAGUUGGACUCAGGCCAUGCAGGGCUCUGUGCUGCUGCUGCUGCUCCUGCUGUCCCUGUUGGUCCUGUCCACAGGGAGCGAAAGCAAGCGAAUCAGGAAAAGAGGACUCAACCAUAAGGACUACGAGUACCCCAACCAGCCUCAGUCCACACAGCACCAGAAGAAUGACCGGUGUCCGCCGCCGCCCCAGAUGCUGCCGGAGCGGGCCUGCGAGGUGCCGGGCUGCCGCUCGGACUCCGAGUGUGAGCGGCACAAGCGCUGCUGCUACAACGGCUGCAUCUACGCCUGCCUGGAGUCCGUCCAGCCGCCCCCGGUACUUGACUGGUUGGUGCAACCCAAGCCACGGUGGUUGGGGGGGAACGGCUGGCUGCUAGACGGCCCUGAGGAGGUACUGCAAGCUGAAGCCUGCAGCACAACUGAGGACGGGGACGAGCCUCUCCACUGUCCCACGGGCUACGAGUGCCACAUCAUCAACCCAGGGAACCCAGCUGCCGGCAUCCCAAACAGGGGACAGUGCAUCAAACAGCGUGGAAACUCUGAUGGACGUGGCCUGAGGCACAAGUACUUCAAGGAUUACAAGGACUACACAGGUAAGUGAGCAGGUGCCGGCUCCAACAAUGCAGUAGGCUAUGAAAAACAUCACCACAAACACCUGGGAUGAAGUGAGGCUCCACGUGUUUGUAAUAACUAUGUCAUGUUACAUUUAUUUAGUUCUUUCAGAUAUCAGUGACUCUUUCGCCUCUGCGUUGUUUUGCUCUCAGACCAAGUGUGACCUCAGACUCAGCUUCGACCAUAACUCGACCUCAGACAUCAGCUCAGUCCUGUUCCAUGUGCUUUUAUGGCACCUGAUCCGGGAACAGGUGUGAUCUUCUUGUUACACCUUCGUGUGCUACCUCCUGCCACCUCCCGUGGCCCCUCUUCAGUCACAUCACGCUUUAGGAGACGAGACUGACUGAUUUCCGCAGUACAAGACCAAAGGAACGGUCUAACGUCUUUGGCUGUUUUGUGCCUCAAAGUAUUUAUCCCUCACUCACUCUGCACCCAGACAAACUCCCUGACCCUAAGUCUGGUCACGUGGCCCCAUUAGUCAUUUCUCUGAAGAGUGCUGCUCAAUUUCUUUACGACAUGGAAUGUUUUAUAGACGUGAGAUAAAUUCCAGCUGUAGCGCUUGUGUCUUUGAAACGAACCCAAAUGUGAUUUCAAAUUCCAGCUAAUGGCACUAAUUAUGAGAAUAACGACCACAUCUGGAGGUGUGACAGCUUUGAGAACACCCGUACAACAGAUGCUUAUAAACACAUGUAAAAUAAUAACCAGUAAAAAUACAUUUUGAAAACAGCCAUUUUGGUCAUUUUUGGUCAUUUCGAUGACGUUAACAAACUGUAACAUAUUACAAUAUAAGAGGGUUUUGCAUAAGCUUUGUAUUCAGCUUAGUGUGUCUCUGUUAUCAGUCUCAAAUGGUGCUCAGUUUGAUUACUGUCUACAAUAACAGAAGAAUAAGCUGCUUGUGUAAUAAGCUGAGGGUGUAAAACCAAAGCUAGAAGCAUUCUCUCUGUGUGCAGAACUGAAGUGAUGUCUGAAUGUUGCUUUCUGACUGGUGCUGUAACGUCCUGUUGCAACUUCUUUAUUCCAAAUAAACCACUUUGUUGAAAUGGG